GGAAAUUACGCUAUUUCCGGUUCCAGACGCGCCAAAAAGAAAAUAGGACGCUGACUGAAGCUUCCGUGUUUAUAUUUCUGCUUCAACCAGAUUUCACCGAGUUAUAAAUUACUGAGUUUACUAUUGACAAAAACAUAACCAUAACGUAAACGUCUGGACUGUUGUGCCGUUGAGUCUCCAAUCCUAACUGUGUUUUUUAGGUUUUAAAAUAACAGGAAGAGCAAAGAUCCAGCAUCAACACUGCUGAAGUUUCCUUGAGCAAGUUGCUGAAUUUCUACCAGCGCCAGCGGGUGCUGCACUGAGCUCGCUUUGGAGGUGAGCAUGAGCAAGUCGACCUGUGGGUGCAAUAAAGGGUCACACAUAAGUGGUUGAUAAGUACUUGGAGAUGAGGAAGUGGGGAGACCGACUGAAGAAGGUUGAGCAGCUUGCUCAGUCGUUCCAGCUAAAUCCUCUUACCGCACCCUACAAACCUCGACUGUGGCCGUGCCAGCCUUCCUCGGUCUGGAAGCUCUUCCCUCGUCAAAGUUUGGCCUUCAGCUUUGCUCAGAGCUGCAAAGAGGGUGUGCAUGUUUUUGCACUUGAAAAAGAAAAGACACCCCAGGGCCAGAGGAUCUUCCUGGUUACCAGUUACAGUGAGCUGUGGCAUUAUUACAGGACUUUCACACAGUCCUUGAUGCACUGCUAUGAGCUGAUACCAGAGGGCGCUGUUUGUAAGCUUUACUUUGACUUGGAGUUCCACAAGCCCUCAAACAAAGGAGCUGAUGGGAAAACUAUGGUGUCUUCACUUAUCCAGUAUGUUUGUGACAAGCUAUUGGACAUUUAUGGGAUUGAAUGCUCCGCAAGACAUGUCCUCAAUCUUGACUCCAGCACGGAAGAGAAGUUCAGUCGACAUCUCAUCUUCAACCUCCAAAAUGCAGCUUUCAAAGACAACAUACAUGUGGGCAGGUUUAUCCAUGCAAUUCUUCAACCAGUUCUGUCCACAGCUAAAAGUGGGCUGAAUGUUGGGAUGACUUCAGCGGCAGAAAAUAACGAAACCUGCCCAAAACGUGGUGAUUCUGAGGGGAUGCCAACACAGGCAGAUGAGAUGUCUGAGAGUCCACGGGCCAAGAAGCGUAAGCAGGAACGAAAAGACCUCAGGUUCCUUCAGGUGAAAAACAAGGACGGCCAAGACGGUCUCUUUGUUGAUCUUGGUGUUUACACCAAGAACAGGAAUUUCCGCCUUUACAAGUCGUCAAAAGUGGGAAAGAAUGCUGCAUUCACAGUAGCAGAUGACAACAAGUUUAUUGACAAACCUAAGAAGGGAGUUUCUGCAGAGGAGAGUGUGUUCUUGGCUUCCUUAGUCUGUAAUAUCAGUUUCACAGGUCAAAGAAUUCUGACAUCAGAUGUCCCAGAAACAGUCCAGGAAUCUGAAACCCCAAGGACUCAUUGUCAGCAGGGACAAGCCACAUGUACAGACUCACUUACUGGCUGCCUGUUGUCCCCUCAUCAAGAAGUGGACAACUUUGUAUUAACUGUGGUUAAAAAGGAUGGCAUACAUGGAAGCAUCAGACGGUGGAACUACUUUGCUGCUGAACAGCUGCUUGUCUAUGACAUUGCAAAUUAUCGCUGGUGUGAAAACGUGCAGCGGUUUCAUAAAAGCAACAAUAUCAUGAUUGUUGUGGACCUCAAGGAAGAAGUGUGGUACCAGAAGUGUCAUGAUCCUGAAUGCAGGAACUUCAGGUCUUCAAGUUACCCACUGCCACAGGAGAUCUGCAUCAGCUACAUCAUGACCCUGGAUGAGGAAGACCAGGCUUACUUAAUGGACGAUGCUGGCAACAUUGAACCGAGCCAGGCGUCAGCCCGACAGAGCACAGUGUGUCCAGAGGAGAAAGGGACUGACGUGUGGGGAGAUGGACAGGAUGACCAGGACUAUUUAGAGAGUCUGAACGAUUUUGAACAAAACGGUGGAGAUGUCUCUGAUCAGCUGCUGCUCAAAUGUAUGGCAGAUUUCGACUCCCCUUAGAGGCAGAGUUUGGUGUAUUUGCAAUGGCUGCACAGCCUCAAAGACACCGCUAACACUUUAUGUCCUCCUAUGAAGUAUAACAUGUAAUAAAUGGUUUAUAACACACUAUUACAUAGUUGAAAGCAGAUAUGACUGUUAAUGGUUUUGUCAUUCCUCCUAUGGGCUUCCCAUAAGAGUAUAAACAGAUAAUGAAUGACAAUAUAGUAAAACACAGUUUUAAUAAUAUAAUGUGGCAAAGAGAAGUCAUUAAGACUUAACUACAUUAUAGUUUGCUAUAAACCAUUGAUUAAAUGUUUAAUCUUUUUAUUGGAUAAAUGAAAGAAACAUGGAUGAAUGCACUUUAUGCAGUAUAACAAAAUAAAAUAGCUUUUUAGCUACUUAUACCUAUUAUUUAGAAAUCCUGGAUGGAUUUUAGGGCAUCCGUCAAAAAAAGAAAAAAAACUGAACACCACAGUUUUGGAAGAAAGUAUUUAUUUGGUACAGCUGACAAAUAAAGACACUGUACUUGUAACUUUAGCACAAACCGCACCGUUGCCCUUUUCAUAUCAUAAGAGUCUCCAAAAAAAAACACAAAAUGGUUUGAACUGUCAAGGACACCUCGAUGUGAUUCGUUUGGUGUG